AUGUCUUCUCGCCACCGCCUUGAUCUAGGCGACCUGAAGCCUAGAAAGUCAAAGUAAUGCCCAUUUCCUUUUUAUUUUUGGCUUUAAGAUUUUCGGAUGCCGAAAAUAACAAUGGAAGGAAUUCCACCCGUGACAGGUCUCCUGAUCGCCCAAGGACGGGCUUUCCGUCUAAUUCGACCGCCCAGCUCCAAGUUAAUCCUUACACUGGUCUGUGCCAUUUUGUAGGACGUUUUGUUAAAGAAAAUCUCCUUUUGAUUUGAGCGAACGUGAACACUUUAAAUGCUCUUGAGUUUGAAGGAAUAACUGCGCAGUGUCCGCUCGUUCUUGUAUCAUGUGUACAGCGAGGUCCAAUGCUCUUCUUUUGUAAACUCGUAUUUUUUAUGCAGUUUAUUGUUAAGCCGUCGUGACUUUCGUUCUCAACGAUAGGCUGGACUGAUGUUUAACUAUAACAUGGGGCCGGAUUUCGCUGUGCGUCAUUACCGUCUGCCUUCCCCCCAUCAGGCGAUUCAUCAAAUGCUGAACUUUAGGAGUUUAACCUUGGGGCCUUUUGUUUCUUACGCUCCUUAUUUCCAUUUUCACCGAGUACACUUGCUGAUCAUAUCACGCAUUAAGUGUCAGGCAGGUUUUUUCAGGUUUUGUAGUAUUUUGUUAGAAUUGGCCUGUCAACUUAUGAGACAGAGGGGUUAAUGACUAUUUGAGAAGAUGGCAUGCAGGCUUUACUAAACGUUCACACAGCAUUCAGAAAAUGGAGGGAUUUCCUUCCUGAGAGAUGCAUCCUAAGUCAUGUUCUCCAAAACACUCAGAAGGUGCGUUAGCCCAAUGUAUAUCCCCGGUCGAUUUUUGUGGUCGUUUUCUCGUGGAAACAUCUCAUCUACAAGCUUUCCAUUGUUUGUUUUUAUCCCAACUAACCCAGGCAUAUUUUCACAUGGUAGUGGAAGCAAGUAUAAUCGUCUGUGACCAAAUUGCUUAAAGUGCAAGUGAAUUUCCUUUAUGCAAUUGUAAGUGAUUAUGAAAAAAGUACUGCAAGAUAUCCGUUAGCCUUGGCCGAAUGCCAUUUGCAAACUAGCCCUUCAGCUGGACUGGGAGGUGCUCUGGCGGAGGUAACUAUUGAGACGCCCUGUGGGAACAGCCGCAAACAUGGUAGGGCGAAUGUGUAUGGUGUUGGUUUGAGUGCGCAUGACCUUGAAAUCGCGCUCCGUGCCGUUUACUCCUGUGUUAUGUACUGUCUUUUUAACUAUGGUUAACCCGUCAGAAGGAUGGUGGGCGGUUUGAGACUGUUAACACAACCGGUUAAAAGAUGCAGCAUUUACGGUUGAGAUGAGAAAUUUGGUUCCUCCAACCAGAAAAUGCCACUUCCCCGUAUAAGGUGGUGGUCGACACAAGGACCAUGUGGGUUAUCUCGGCUGCUCUCCCGAGUCGGAUCACUGUUAUGGCCAUAUUUUACUGUUUCCUAAGUCAUUCCUCGCUUCUGACCUGCUCGCCUUCAACUGAGUCCAGCUUGGAUCAGAACAGUCAGUAUAGUGACGGACCAGUCAAUCGCGUCUCAUACGCUUGUAAUCUGGCGCUGUCACAUUUUUGUUUAUUUAUUUAACAUCGAGUGACGCUAGAGGCGCAUUUCCAACAUAUACGUAUUUAGUCUUGGUAUUGUCGGCGGCUAACGUCUCUAGCUGCUUCCCGCUAGGAAAUGAUCAUGAAAUUAUGAACUUAUUUAUCCUAAUUUUAAAUAUUUCCUUUCCGCUACCCCAGGACUUGCGUAUACCCAACGUUACUUCGAUAUAUAUCGAAAACGCGUCACGCUCCCCGUUUGGGAAUACAAGGAGGAAUUUUUUAAAGUCCUUUCAGAAAAUCAGGUAUGUUUUCUUGUAUAUUCUAUAUUUUGAUAAGGUUACGGUCCUGGUCGGUGAAACUGGAUCCGGGAAAACCACGCAAAUACCUCAGUGGUGUCUGGAAUGGCUCAAGUCUCGUUAUACUUCCAAGAAAUGCGUCGCCUGCACACAGCCGCGUAGAGUUGCUGCGAUGUCCGUGGCCCAGCGUGUCUCCGAGGAAAUGGAUUGCCAACUUGGAAACCAAGUCGGUUACAGCAUCCGUUUCGAGGACUGUACCUCCAACCUUACGAUUUUAAAGUUAGUCUGGUUCUGUCCUGGCUAUUUGUUUAUUUGCCUUCUUAAAGCUUAGGGUUAGAGAAGGGCGAUUUACACCAAGUGGUCAUGUUAACAAGUAAUAACCCGCUGUCUCUAGCGGCGGCGUGCAAAUCCACAACACAUCACAAAACCGACCUGUUUACCGUUGUAGGCCACUUUCCCGUAUUGCUAAUUUCGCAGUGGGCCAUUCCUGAGUGCCGUCUUUUUCAUGCAGAGUUCGUAUCACUGCCUUAUAUCCUCGUCUUAUCUUGUUAAGCGGUCAAAGGGAACUAGUAAUACGACUUUGAGUACACACGAUUUCCUAUUUUCUCUCGACCUGCCCAGGUAUAUGACAGAUGGUAUGCUGCUGCGAGAAGGUAUGUCCGACCCUUUGCUUGAAAACUAUGGGGUCAUACUGCUUGAUGAGGCCCACGAACGCACUCUGGCCACAGACAUUCUAAUGGGCUUGCUUAAAGAAAUUAUUGGUCAGCGUCCCGACCUGAAAAUAGUGGUGAUGAGUGCCACUCUGGAUGCCGGCAAGUUUCAGGUAAGCGUUCUCUCCCACCACAUCAAAUAAUUAUUUUAAUUGCCAUCUUCAGUUCGUAAAAACUCUUUACCGACCCAUAUGCACACUAUCUUUCAGGAUUAUUUCGAUAAAGCACCUCUCAUGACAGUCCCUGGGAGAACGCACCCGGUGGAAAUAUUUUAUACACCGGAGCCUGAACGGGAUUAUCUAGAGGCUGCAAUUCGAACAGUCAUUCAGAUACACAUGUGCGAGGAGAGCGAAGGUGAUAUUCUUCUUUUCCUGACUGGCCAGGAGGAGAUUGAAGAGGCUUGCAAGCGCAUCCAGCGUGAGGUUGACUCUCUCGGCCCAGAUGUCGGCGAACUUCGGUGCAUUCCCUUAUACUCUACACUCCCACCCAACCUACAACAACGCAUUUUUGAUCCUCCUCCUGCACCUCGAAAAAAUGGGGCUAUUGGCAGGAAGGUAUAACCCUUGGCUCCUUUUCCUGUCUGCUGACUUGCGAAGGUUCUGUCUUUUCGACUUUUGGUAGUGUAUACACUGUUGCAACCUUCGUAACAGACCUGCUCACGUCGAUGGUUCAUUUACAUUUGCCAUCUCUCUUUUAGUUGCUAGGUCACACGGAGGCACGACAGGAUUUAGCUUUGUAACGGGACUACUGUUUUUAUAUCAUGAUUGGCCAAAAUUCCAAGUGCGUCGCAGCCCUCAGACAGCGAAGACUUGAAGAUGACACGAUGGCCCCGACAAGAGCUUUAUAAGCCUAACGUUUCGGAUUCCUGCUCGAAUCCAUCAACCCUUAUCUGCUUUUGUCUCUGCUCUUAUCUCUCUUGUCUGCUUUUGAUGAAGCUCUUGUCCCGGCGAUCGUGUAUUCUUCUUCUUCUUCUUAUUCUUCAAGACUGCUUCCUAGCACUCCUCUCUUCACUUCUAUUAGCGAAGACUUGUUAAAACCGAAGGAACUAAUCUAGUUACUUAAGCUGGCUGCGGUUCCUUGCUUUCAUAUUUUCACACUUUAGGAUUUCGUGAUCCGCAUUCUUACACCCAAUUGAUCGUGCCCAUCUCUACCUUAAGCCGAGAACACUUUAGCGUGUAUGGUUAAGUCGGAAAAAACCUCAAGUCCUCAGAGAAAUGUUCCUGCUUAUCCGCCUUUUCUUCCUGAUUUUUUACUCAUCCCGUUUCAUGUCUAGCUCACUAGUCAUUAAAGUCAGGGUUAUUCGGGGUCCAAGAUAUUAGGCGCUUAAGUCCAAUACCUUGGAAAACGCUCGAAGAUCGCUCUCAAAUCAGUGAAACAUUUUAUGAUCUUCGAUGAGUCUGUCUUUCCUGAAUUGUCCCCAAUCCCGCCUUCUCUUCUGAUGCUGACGAGAAUAAGACCGGUUCUCCUGACUCUUAGUUCCGAAUUACUUUAAAUUUUUCUGACUUACUUGAUUGUUUUACUUUACAGGUUGUCGUCUCAACAAACAUCGCAGAAACUUCCCUCACUAUCGAUGGUGUCGUCUUUGUUAUUGACCCUGGGUUUGCAAAACAGAAGGUCUAUAAUCCGCGCAUUCGUGUCGAGUCUCUGCUGGUGACUGCAAUCAGCAAGGCCUCCGCGCAACAGCGCGCCGGACGCGCAGGUCGUACUCGACCCGGCAAAUGUUUCCGCCUCUAUACUGAACGGGCCUAUAGUACGGAGAUGCAAGACAACACCUACCCCGAAAUUUUGCGUUCCAAUCUCGGCACCGUGGUGCUUCAGUUGAAGAAGCUGGGCAUUGAUGAUCUGGUUCACUUCGACUUCAUGGACCCCCCAGGUGUGUUUGUGCCGCCUGUGGCGUAGCCGCAUUUGCUAACAGCGCCUCCCUGCUCCUCCGCAUUUUCAUAUGUCAGCCUGGCGUAAGGCAUAGUGGCCGAAAUUGUUAUUUAACCGGAAUUCAGGGCUUCGGAAGCCACGAAAAUCGUUAUAGACUAGUGCAAUGGGAUUUUAACGAAGUUCUCAGUUAUGUGCACGAAGGGCAUGAGUAGAGAUGGAUUACGGCCAUGUCCGAUGUGCUUUCCUCAAUACUAAAGAAGGCCCAUUUUCGGACUUGGCAGCGACCCAUAUUCGCACUUUCAGCAUAUCGCUUCUCGGUUUUCCGCCCUGCCCCCUACUCAUUAUUAAUACCUACCAUCCUCAUAUUAUUUCGGGGAUUUUCUGAGAACUUUUAGUAUUUAUUACUCUUGGUUCACUACUCCGGAGGGAGCUGGCGUCCACCUGAUAGCUCCCUGACGAACACAUAUGAUUCAAACGGCAGCAUGUGUAUUUCAGCAAAGAAAAUGCUCCGUUGUUUCUUGUGCUAAAACUGGUUACUCGGUUCGCUAGAAUGCAUUUCUGAUGAGAUUCACAAAUCCAACUUCCAUAUCCAGUCUCUUUUCAAUUUACAAAACAGACAAGAUAUAAGUCGAGGCACUGAGUGGAGUCUCUGUUACCAGUGUUUUCUUCAUGCCCAUCAGGAUGCAAAAAGGAAGAGACCAUUUACAGUUGGAGUACUCAUGCAAUGUGUCGUCGCAUGCAGAAUUUGGUGGCAGUAUCAUUAGUGGCCCCUGACUCAUCGUUAUCAACCGUAUUUACUUGUGGGUGAUGUAAUGGAGACCAACUAAAUUGGUUAAGACUGUCCUUAUACUGCAACAGGGUGCUCUGGUUCUCAAUGCGCUCGCACUGUUCUUAGAUAGGAUAGUCAACAACUUUCGUAGGUUUAUGGUGCAAUUAGCAUAGAAGGAUGGCUCUGCUUUAGGCCAUCAUAACUCUCUACCUUAUUAAUUGCUGUAAUGCUGCAAAUAUUUCCGCCCUUCCUUCCAAUUGUAGCCCCGGAAACACUGAUGCGCGCCCUGGAGUUACUAAAUUAUCUGGCGGCCCUGGAUGACGAUGGCAAUUUAACUGACCUUGGGAGUAUGAUGGCAGAAUUCCCUCUGGACCCGCAGUUAGCCAAAAUGGUCAUUGCAUCCUGCGAUUACAACUGUUCCAACGAGAUUUUAAGCAUAACUGCCAUGCUGUCUGGUAAGUGGAACUUCAAAAAAACAAACUAGACUUUGUCUUUGCUCCAUGCUUUUAACCACCAUUAGUCCUACUCCAUGGGCAUUCCCCCUUUAUGGAGUCACUAGUGUUCGGAAUAGACGUGCAAGACGUCUUGGUGUCGCCAAAAGUGCGACAACCCAACACAGCCGAGACUGGACGGAGAAACUGCCCCUCCCCCCUCAUGCAACCUGAGUCCAAGAAGGCGGUAGCAAAUGACCACCAUUGAAGUCGCAAAUCUACGAAGCCGUUGAGAGAAUUCUUGGAUUCAUCAUACGGCGCCACAGUUACCGAACCAGCGGAAGAAUCUUUCUGUUGUCUGCCAAGACGACUCUAGAUAGGUUUUGCAACAAUUAUUCUUUCCUCACACUUCGGAGAAUGUCGGUAAAGUCCCCCAGAGAUGACAAUAAAGAUCAUCGGGUUAGAAUGUCCAUCUUCGUAGAACAGGACUCAAGUAUCCGUAACACUUGUUGAUGGUAGGCCCUCUACAAGCGUCCUUGGACACUCUAGACUUGGCUGUUCAUGCGGCAACGGUGGAAGGAUACUGGACUUUACUGAUCAUGACCGACAGGCACCAACACGUGCCUCCAGCAUCGCCACAAACAGCUGCUGAUCUGAUAUUCAAACGGCGACCAUACGGCCAACCAAGUCGACUGCAGUUUUAUUGGUGCAGGGUUCCGCAGUUUUGUUCACGAUAGCAUAUCGGUGAGUGGUGCCGAGACUGCUAACAUCCGUGGAUAGGACCAUGUUCUCUUUCGCAAACGUCUGAAAGUUUCUCUCAUCCGCACCCAAAAUAUCAUGUGCAAGACGCAAACUUCGACAGCCCUACAGCUUUGAAGCCUUGAGCACAGAAAUCCGAUCUUCUUUUACGACCCUAGUCGUAGGGGAAGUCAGUGGUCAUUGGUCAUGAUUAUAGUCAUCAGUCUAUAGGUUGGCUUAGAAAAUUCCUGGAUUAAUCUAGGGACGCCGCAGAAGGGCCUUGCAGUUGCCUGCCCGACGGCUCGGGUCAGGUUCUGCAACCCUUAUUCCCUCCACCAACUUUGGAAAAUGACAACAACGUUUGCUGGGGAUGACAGGCAAAAAAUAUUGGGCUGAAGUAGCGACCUCCAUGGAGCGGGUCUCAAAAGCUGAUGACACUUUAAAACUACCAAGUUAUCCGGCAAGUUAAUGGCAAGCCCUCGACACUUACUGACUCGGUUCGCGAUUUGAAUGGUCGUUUUAUUGCUGAAAACUCGGCAAAAAUUGGUUACUGGUUUGAAUACUUCGAGCACAUUCUCAAUUUCGAUGACCAGUUUACCUCUCCCCCCCUCCCCACCCGCUCACCUUUGCAGCAGGCUCUUACCCCUAUUCAGUCUGUGCAGCGUCGUGCGACUCUCCAUUUCAGGAGGAAAUUGUCGAUGCAGUACGGAAGCUACACGACACGAAGGCGUCCGCAAAGGACGGUAUGUCCACUGAAAUCUGAAAGUCUUGUGUCGACACUGGCGUCAUGCCUAUGUGGAGUGUUUGAGCAGGCGUGUAGAGAUGCGGUCGCUCCGGGAGACUGCGGUUCGGGCAUCAUUGUGCUUGUCUUCGAGAAGGGACAUAGGACUACCGCGGCUUAGGUUUCAUCGAAGCUGCUGCCGAGAUCUUUGUUACUGUCAUUCUCAGGCGAUUUUAGUGUGCAUGACUCAAGAACCCGAUCCAAUUAAGCCGGACUUCGACCUGGGUGUAGAUGCACCGACCGCACAUUUAUAAUGAGGCACAUUUUUAAUUCCACCACGUCUACCAGCAACUGACGGUUGUCUGAUUCGUUGACUUCGCCGCGGAAUUCGACUUCGUCCAUCAUGGAUAGCUGUGGCCGACAAUAUGACUGGACAGCAUGUUGACGGAAAGCAUCGUCCUGAUCCGCGCUUACUAUCGGCCGACCACUGCGCGAGUUGUGGUCCACCAAAUCCCCCAGCCGUUCGACAUUUAACCAUUUAGCAAGGUUGCGUUUUUUCAUCCGGCCUCGGGCUUUGGUGACCUACAACCUGUGUCGCGGAUGGGUGAGGUCGCUAAAACAAUUUGUCCAUAAAUACUGUGAAAACCAGUGUUUUCAAGCUGAAUCCCCCGCCAGGAAAGCGCACCCUUCAAGGCGACGCGCUCACCGAAUGGACAGAGUAAGAACGACAUUGUAUCCUCAGCGGGUUCUGCUCGCGUGUUUUCCACAAUCAUUAAAAGGUGUCUGCAGACCCGAGACGAAAUGUCUAUCGCCACAAACAUUUUCGUUUACAGGGUAUUCGGGCUCAGUGUUGUUGCCUUCAAUCCAGCUCCGAUUUCCACCAGGAGGGCUGACAGAGAAGUCAACUCAAACCCUGGCCUGGCACAGUCCGUCAAGACUUAGAGAGGUUCCUGGGACCUUUGGUACCCGGUUCCCGUCGUUAGAUGAGUGGGUCAAGCUGUCCAUUUCCGCUGCCGCGGAUCAUCAGAUAUGAAGAGCUCCAAUUCGUGACAUAAUCGAAGUCAAAUAAGUCAUGCACGAUCAUAGCCGUACCAAAUACCAAGUUCGGAACCCAAAACCUGAAUGGACUUCCGACUCAGACUAUCUUCUAUUGUAGCUCGCCGUUUUUAAUGUCACAAGCGAUUUUGUCGUUCAGGCGGCGCCUACAACGCCUAGCUGCCGUCUUUUUGACCUCAUUUUCGAAGGGGUAUUUUACUACCACCUACCACUUGUUUUACUUGCAUAUCGCGAUUUAUUUUUGUCACAUUCCCUUUCAGUGCCCCAGUGUUUCGUUCGACCAGCGGACGCGAAGAGAGCUGCAGAUGAGGCGAAAAUGCGUUUUGCUCACAUUGACGGCGAUCAUCUGACCAUGCUGAAUGUUUAUCAUGCUUUUAAGCAAAGUAAGUCGUACUUUUGUCUCCCUGAACCGUGCUGUGCCCCUUCUACAACGCCCUCUCUACUAUAUUCUUUGGUCUCCAAUCAGUGAACGACAGGAUUGGCCUACAGUGGCAUUGAUGCAUCAUAGUUCAUAGGCAUCUUCGUGUACACGCCUGCAUUCGACACUACCCAUCAUAUCGUUAUCCACAGGUCCUAUAGAAGCUCAUCGUGUGCACCAGAUUUCCUUCGAAAAAUCACUGCAUUGAUGCCCGCACUGCCGCACAGUCGGCCAGCAGACUUGUAAAAGUGUUCCCACGCCCCCCCCUCUCUCCCCAAAAAGUGCUCUUCUUUUGUUGCUUUAGCCGCGGAUGGAGUCGUUUUGGCUCAUAGCAUGUAUUAGUCGGGUUACGUUGACGUUUCUCUAGUCCUCAAAUAUCACUGAAAGUGUCGCACGCAUUUGACGGAGGCUCACGCCACAUCAGCCGCUGCGUCAAAUGUCAUUAGUUGAUUUUUACGCUCGGCCAGGCUGCCGGAAAGAGAUAGUGGAACUAACACGGAGGCUCCUUCUGACAAUUCAUGUUAUAAUCCUGAGACCAGUUCUUCAGUGGCAAACCAUGCUAUAGAGAAUAACUAUAACCAAGUUACCCAGAAGUAUAGUGGGGAGGGCUGGUUGUGUUUAACGCAGGAUGACAGUGCGGAUAGAAGCGAAGAGGCGAGCUCCACGAGGCAGUCAGGAAUAGGGAGACGCGGUCACUGGGACUAGUGCUUUAUUCGCCUAACGUUUCGGACUCACACUCGAAUCCUGUAAUCCCUAUCUCUGGAAACGUUCGUUGUCCACACUGGGGUUUCGGGAUUCUUCUGGUACUGGUGGUACUUUUAGAACUAACUCUCUUUGGCCCUAUACACUUAGAAAACGAUGUCUUGCAAUUUUCCCAUGGCAAACUCUACCUCCGAUGGGUUUUAGACAAAGUGCCUCCUUUGUUAGAAAGGCAGCGUCAUUCCUCUUCGCUAAUACUGAAGCCAGUGGAAGCAUCAGAAAGAAUCUUUCAGAUUACAUCUGGUUUCGCACCAAUACGUCCGCCUGGUGGCCAUACCUGGCGAUUUUACAGCCACUCCAUAGUAGUUUUUGUGGUUUAGGCCGUGUAAACCUGACCCCUCGAAAACAAACUUUUCUGUCUUUGGUUGUUAAUGUUAAAGAAGAGUCUUCACAUUUUUGUAGAUCAGGAAGAUCCUCAGUGGUGCUAUGACAAUUUUAUAAACUUCCGAUCCCUGAAGUCUGCUGACAAUGUCCGCGUUCAGCUUUCGCGUAUAAUGGAUAGGUUCUCGCUAAGACGUUCCAGCACCGAGUUUUCAUCCCGGGACUACUACUUGAACAUACGCAAAGCACUUGUUGCCGGUUUCUUCAUGCAGGUACGCCUUUGUUUUUUUCAGCCCCACUGCCUAGCUAGUCAUGAAGCCCCCACUUAUUGUGAUAUUGUUCCCUCUUGGUCACUUUUUAAAUUUUCUUCCAGGCAUUUUGCAUGAAACAUAAGGGCUGUUGAUCUGUGUCAGUUUGAGACGGGACGACGUAAUCUUUAUACAUCAUAAUUCACUAUAAAGUGCAUCUUUGACUAGCCAAAAAUUCCACGUUAGGUCAUAAAACUCAAGCCGUCAUACGUCGGAUACGCACUUCUUGUGUCAUAAACAUGUCGCUGCUCCCCGGCGUCGUCCUCAUACCUCGAUCAGGACAUCGCCGUCCUUAAAAAUGUUUAAAGCCCACCGGCCAACCUUGUUCGUCCUUUCGAAAUCUGCUCCCAGUGGGAAAUCUGAGAGCCCAAACUCUUCACAGAAUCGACAACGCUGCAACUUGACUGAAGCGUAAAGGUAGUUGGUGGGAUAGACUGCAUAGAUUCCUAUGCGUUGCACUAUGCACGUACGCGAAGCCGUUGAGGGCACCCCCGAAACCUUUACUAACCCUACUAAAUAAGCUGUUUUUCCAGCAGAAGUCUGUGCAGUUAGAUGCUUUAUUUCCAAGAGCUAGGAGGGCAUUUGUUCGGCCGCCAGUGUUUCAGGAAUAUGAAUGAACGUGCCGCAGCUUAGUCUGCUGUUCCCAGCGUUAACGCAAAAUACGGCCUUUUCACGGUCUGCGCUUCUUAAAGCCCACGCAGUUGGGAUUAUCUUGACCCUUGAGUCACAAAAUGCCAAUUUCUCUCUUCUACAUGAUUUUCGAGUUUACCAACCCUAUAGGUUGCCCAUCUGGAGCGAACUGGUCAUUACCUGACUGUAAAGGAUAAUCAGGUCGUUCAGUUGCAUCCAUCUACGGUACUCGACCACAAGCCCGAAUGGGUUCUUUAUAACGAAUUUGUGCUGACAACCAAGAAUUACAUCCGCACAGUUACGGAGAUCAAACCAGACUGGUGAGUUGUUCUCUCUCGUUUGUCUCUCGUUCUAGAGUCUGAUACAAAAUUUGAAUAGCAAUUUUGCAAAGACUGUCAUGUUGAUGACAAGUACAUCUCGAUUAAUAUUUCAGUGCACUAACGUCUUUUCUCAAAAACAUUUCGUUUUUCGAGCAAGACGCCUAAAUCCUCACUUACAUCACGCGCUACUUCCGCAUUUCCACACCAAUUUGUCCGAAUGAUGAUGACUGGCCUGAAGGACUUCCACGUAUUUUUAAUCCAUUUUUCCUAAACGAGAUCGUAUAUUUUGACAACGCGUUGUUAUGUCGUCAAGUUUCCCUAAAUUUAGCUUGUUUCUCGACUUCAACAGGACGGCAAUCUUAGAUCGGUCACUCAAGUAUCGUUUACCACAAAUUUUUACCAAAAUUCCAAGUCCUCCCACCCCCUCAAUGGCAGCUAACCAGAUUCAGCGAUUAGGCUUUAGUCAAUUUGCUUUAUUAAUAGCUUGAUCGCCCUACUGAAUCUCCGAGCUAAAGUAAGUAGGCAAGGCCCAUGUUUUCGGAACGCGGACGACUCGCAUGCAAGUAGAAUGCCCCUAACCGAGGAGGCAGUAUUCAGUGUGCAAGUUAGAAACUGUUAGUGACUUACACGAUCUUUCCUUUUUAGGCUUGUAAGGAUAGCGCCACAGUACUACGAUAUGACCAACUUCCCCGAAUGCGAGGCCAAGCGCAUUCUAGAGCGCUGUGUACACCGGAUUCAGAACCGCAAACAGAACCAGCAACAGAAACAAGAACAACAGCAGCAGAACGAUACGCAGGCCUGA